AUGGACACACAUCUCCUCAGUGCUGCCCUGAGCCUGCUGCUUCUGCUCAAUACUGCAGCAACCCAUGAUGAAGAUGGCUGGUCCAUAAAGGGGCCUUCAGAAGUGCAGGCUGUUGAAGGUUACCCGGUGGUACUUCCCUGCUCCUACACCCACCCCCACCACACAAAGCACCCUUCCGUCCGCAUAGUGUGGCAGGUUGGACAUGGACAAACGGCCACCGUGCUCUUCCAGUGCACCACCCUGAACGACAGUAACCAGUGCCAGACCCGGAAAGACCAAGACCAGCGUUACCGUCUGGAGGGAAACCACCGCGAGCAUGACCUCUCGCUCAGAAUCAAGAGCCCUGCUCUCCAGGACAGCGGACGCUACUACUGCCGGAUAGAAGUGCUUGGACAUCAUCACGUCAGCAUCGAGAACAAAAUGGGCAUCUGGCUCAGAGUGGAAGCCGCGCCACGAAUCCUGAGCCUUAGAGUGGAAAGCAGUGAGGAAUCGGGAUAUAUAGCUCUGUGCCAAGUUCGUGGCUCCCCUUUACCCAACAUCCAGUGGAUGGGACCAGAGGAUGUUCUAGAAGGUGAUCCAGCAUCUCCUCUCUCACAGGAAGGUAAAGGACAGCACCACACCACCAGUCGGCUACUGGGUGUCCAGCCUGAGGGGUACUACACGUGUGCGGCUUUUAACUCCCUGGGCAAGGAUCAGGCCACGCUCUAUAUUUUGAAACCUGAUCAACAGAAGAGAGAGAACUUCCCCUCCACCCUAAUAUUGCUGCUCUCUUUGUCACUGGGGAUCAAAGUGCUUCUGUCCUUAGGAAUCGGAGCUUGGGUGGCUCAGGGAAGCUUGAUGUCGUGGGUCAGCUGCCUGAAAAACUGA